CCAGUCAGAAUGAUCGAGGUUGUUUGCAACGACCGUCUGGGGAAGGAAGUCCGCGUGAAGUGCCACACCGACGACACCAUUGGGGACCUUAAGAAACUGAUCGCAGUUCAAACUGCCACCCGUUGGAACAAGAUUGUCCUUAAGAAGUGGUACACUAUUUUUAAGCACCACGUGUCACUGGGAGACUCUGAAAUUCAUGAUGGAAAGAACCUGGAGCUCUAUUACCAAUAG